AUGCUACCACCUCCAUUUUCUUUCCUGUCAUCGCUCUCUCUCUCAUUCUCACUCUCACUCUCAAUCCGAGGUUAAGAACCUCAAAACCCAGUUCAGUUGAUGUCUUUUUACUUGGCAGUGAAAGGGGGAAAUUAGGUUAUUAAUGAAAAGUAGAGAUUGAUUCGAUGAUUAUAAAUUUUCCAUCUGUAGAGACAUCUGAUAGGGGCUUUCGAACACUUAAUUGAUGCAUUUGGAUCAAGCUGCCAUCUCUCUGCAGAGAUAGAUACAUAAAUGCUCCGCCAGUUGCCGUCACUCCCUUUCAGUACCUCGAAAGUGUCGAGCAAAGGUAUCUCAGUUGGUCCUGGGGAAUUUAAGAUUACUCAGCUUCCAGUUCUGAGGUCAAGUUUCCAAGAGCUAAAGGACUUUAGCAAUGAUGUGGAAGACCGAAACAGGCUUGCCCUUCCAAGUUAUAAAUGGCGCUUGAUAAUUUCGUAUGACGGCACCCGAUUUUCAGGAUGGCAGUAUCAACAGUCAACGCCAACUGUGCAGUGUCUGGUGGAAGAAGCUUUGACGCGAAUCACCAAAUUAGAACGGGAUCAUCUUGGUUUAGUUGGUGCAGGUCGAACAGAUGCAGGAGUUCACGCCUGGGGUCAGGUGGCGCACUUCAACACACCUUUCAACUACGACAGCUUGGAGCACGUUCACGCAGCUCUGAAUGGUCUUCUUCCCUCCGACAUAAGAAUUAGAGAAAUUUGUUCCGUGCUUCCUGAAUUUCAUGCUCGUUUUUCUGUUAAAAGCAAGAUUUAUACAUACAGGAUAUACAAUGACACCGUCAUGGAUCCAUUUCAGAGGCACUUUGCUUAUCACAGCCUUUAUAAGCUCAACGCAGCCGCCAUGAGGAGUGCCGCUAGACAUUUUGUCGGGACCCAUAAUUUCUCCGCUUUUGCUAAUGCCUCGCACAAUGAUCGCACGCCAAAUCCAGUGAAGAAUAUAUUUCGAUUUGAUGUGACCGAGAUGGGAUCUAUGUUGCUGCUUGAAGUCGAAGGAUCGGGUUUUUUAUAUAGACAAGUCCGUAACAUGGUGGCGUUGUUGAUUCAAGUUGGGAAAGAAGCCGUUCCGGUGGACAUUGUUGCGGAUAUCUUGGCGUCGCGCAACCGGCGGGAACUGGCCAAGUAUGCGUUAUCAGUUCCUCCGCAUGGUCUGUGUCUGUAUGGUGUGAAGUACAAUGAGGAUCAUUUGGGACGUUGCCAUCCUCGGAGUUUUGGUAGGAAUCAUACUAUAACCAAAUGCAAAUUGCCAUUUUAUUGACCAAAGCUGUCCCUAACUCAGCUUCAGCUAGCCGACUGUAGUUGUGCAAUAUGUUUAAGUUAGAAGAGAUGUUUUGCAGGGAUUACUUUAACUCAAUUCUCUAGUUUAUCUUUUUGUUCAGACAGGCAUUUAAAUUAUUUGUUUAAACACAUUUAAUGUCAUUACCUUCACUUUUAUUA